AUGGCUGGUGAAAGAAGGGACUUUGUAUUACCUUUUGAGCUCGAUUCCAGUGAUAAUGAAAUGGAAACAGACGAAGAAGGGGAAGAGGAACCAACUCGGAUGACGGCGGACUCAACCAGUAUAUGCCCUUCAUUUCCGGUAUCCGAUCCAAACGAUAGACCAUGUGACACCACAAGUGUCUUUUAUGUCGAUGAUAGAGACGAUGACAUGUGGAGCAUUGAGACAUUUGUUUUGGCCGACGGUGACCCAGAUCAGAGUCACUGGCACCAUUCCACACACCCUGACAGUCCUGGGCCCAUCGGUGAUACCGUAUGAGGGUGAGGAUAAGGAUGAGGAGUUCGUCGUCAUCAACGGAGAUAGAUUAUCCGAAGAUGAUAUGAUGUUAUCGGACUAGGCAUCCGAUCUGUCAUCAAAUAUCGAUGAUAAUUCGGAAGAUUAGUUUACCUGAAUGUAGUUGGUUUUUCGUUGUUUGUUAAUUAUAAGUUGUAUAUGUAAGUGAGAUUUAAGAAAUUGAAUAUAUACUUUUAAAAA